AUGUCUCAGGUUUGUCCGUCGUCGUCGCAUCAACUGGUAGCAGCCGCGGUGGCUUUCCGUCGUGCUCGGCGUAAAUUUCCAAAAAAUUACGGUCUCUCUCCUACCGCUGAAGAAACAAAGGUGUUUGAGAAAGCUGAAAGUGCGAGUGGUACCGAGGAGCCAAAUAAUCAAGAGAAUUUGCAGUUCACGUCGAAAAAGUGCUCGAACGCAAGAUCGAAUCGCGGCGAAUCACGGUGGAACGACGAGUGCGGGGAAAACGCCUCGGCGAAGGAAAACUUUCUUCAGAAACCAAUAAUUUGCAGUUGUUGUCGUAAACGCAACGAACAGUGCAGUUCUGGAGAUACGCUCGAUAUCGUUCCGAGCAAACAGUACAACGGGAUCGCGAAGAAAAACGAAUUUUCGAAAUCGGAUCAAACGGAAAAUUGCGAUACGAAGGCGGCGAGAAGUUUCGCAACAGAGUCUCGAAAUUCAAGCCACCGUACUUCAUAUUCCCAUUUAGGAAGGCGAAGCCCGAAAGAAACUUCGGCCAAAUUGGAUUCCGUUAAUCUUCUGUACGACAGGGACCGGGACGAGGUGGAUAAUGUUAAAGGUAGCGGCCCGUCCGAGGAGAAGCCGAACUGCAACGGGGGAGGAAGGGUUGGUUGCAAGUCGAUUCACCGAAAUUUGCGGUGCACCUUCGCCACGGAGAAAGAUAAGUCGUCGUCGCCGCCGGACGGUAUUUCGCGAAAUUGUGAUUUUCAAUGCUCGAAACAUUCCACCCUCGAUUUGCUGCGACCCCGUCGGGAUUACUAUCGCCCGAAUCGUCAUCGUUGCUGUCAUUCUAACGAUCAUUGUCAUUGUUGCUGCGGCCAGGAGUAUAAUAGUUACUCGUCGAAAGAGAAACGUCUCGCGUCAGACACCUGUCUCUGUUCCUCGAAUUCGAACAAUUCCAGAAACUGCUGUCACAAAAAUCACGCGACGUGUGAAUCGACCUGUAAUCACGAUUGUUGCGUGAAAAAUUCGGAAAAAAUCUCCACUCUUCAAGAGCAGAACGACGAGGAAUUAGAAGACACCGUGGCAACGAUCAAUCACAAAGAUUCUUUGUGCAUUUUGGUGGAUAAGUACUUGGUGAAUAAAAAGUGCAAACAGAAGAAGUACUUCGGCGAAGCUGAAUUCUCGGACGAACGGACCAAAGACGAGUGCGAUAAAUCGUUCACCUCGGAAACCACCUGUCAGCUGGACGAAACUGGGAACACGAAACAACGGGAGAAAUAUUCAGACAGCGAUGAUUGCCGAUUUCGAGACCAUCGCGCGCCGAUAGGUAAACCGUGCAGACACGGUUUCGGACAGAUAUUCAAGGAAGGGGACUGCGAUCAGUUUAAAAACCUGAAGACUCGUUUAACAAAGACUGGUACUUGUUGUUCAGCCAAAGGCACACCUUGGAGACACACGUUUUAG